AUGUCCUUAAGAACCAAAGCAGCAAAUAUCGCUCACAAAACUACUGUUCUCACGUUAUGUGGUCUCACAAUUUUUGGUUUUGUAGAGGUAGGUAUAUUGUUCAAUCGAAGAGUAGCACAAAGUAGAGAAUUGGCUACACGUCGAGAGUUGAACAAAUUAUCUCAGGAAAUAACAUCAGAAUCUACACUUUCUGGUAUAGAUGAUAAUAAAUCAAGUGAAAGUUGA